CUCGCAACGUAGAUUCAGCUUCCUGUUUUCAGCAACAAUGGCUGCCGCGGCAAGGUUUUUAUUGAAAAGUGCAGCGUAUUCUAAAGCUUCUAUCAAUAACAUUACCAACGGUGUGUACAGCGGGUUGGGGCUCACCCUGCUUAGACUGUCACCUAAAUGCGACCCACACGCCAGAACCCAGAAACGACAUGCAGCUCAUUUCACCUUCCAGCCUGACCCAACUCCUACAGAGUAUGGCCAAACCCAGAAAAUGAAUCUGUUCCAGGCUAUAACAAGUGCCUUGGAUAACACUCUAGCCAAGGACCCAACUGCAGUCAUCUUUGGCGAAGAUGUUGCAUUUGGUGGUGUCUUCAGGUGCACUGUUGGGCUGAGAGACAAAUAUGGUCAGGACAGGGUCUUCAAUACUCCACUGUGUGAGCAAGGAAUUGUGGGCUUCGGUAUUGGAAUUGCAGUAACUGGUGCGACUGCAAUUGCUGAAAUCCAGUUUGCUGACUAUAUCUACCCUGCCUUUGACCAGAUUGUAAAUGAGGCUGCUAAAUACCGGUACCGCUCUGGGAACCUGUUUGACUGUGGGAGUUUGACAAUCCGAGCACCCUGGGGCUGUGUGGGCCACGGAUCCCUGUACCACUCCCAGAGUCCAGAGGCCUUCUUCGCACAUUGUCCUGGAGUUAAGAUUGUUAUUCCAAGAAGCCCAGUUCAAGCUAAAGGGCUGCUGCUAUCUUGCAUUGAGGACAAGAAUCCCUGCAUAUUCUUUGAGCCAAAAAUCCUCUACAGGGCUGCAGUUGAACAAGUCCCUGUGGAGCCGUACUACACCCCCCUGUCUCAAGCUGAGGUAUUGCAAGAGGGAAGCGAUGUUACACUUGUUGCCUGGGGCACUCAGGUUCAUGUUAUGAGAGAGGUGGCAAAUAUGGCCCAAGAAAAGCUUGGAGUAUCCUGUGAGCUCAUAGACCUGCAGACAAUUUUGCCUUGGGACACAGAUACAGUCUGCAAGUCGGUGACAAAGACUGGGAGACUGUUGGUCAGUCAUGAAGCUCCAGUAACAGGAGGAUUUGCAGCUGAGAUCAGUUCAACAGUCCAGGAGGAAUGCUUUCUCAAUCUUGAAGCCCCGAUUGCUCGAGUGUGUGGAUAUGACACCCCGUUCCCUCACAUCUUCGAACCUUUCUACAUCCCUGACAAGUGGAAAUGCUUUGAGGCUGUAAAAAAGAUGAUCAAUUACUAAUUUUAAAAGGUAGUACAUCGUGGUCUAUUGCAUGGAAGUGUGCCUUUUGAAAGUUCCCAAGAAGGAUGAGUCUUGCUGUGGACUACAUAUUCUCUUAGAUUCUUGUCUCUCUUAUAUGAUAUCAAUUAGAAGUGUACAAUGUGACAGUAAUGUUAUAUAUGGAAUUCUGUCAUCUGCAUGAUGCUUACUGUUAUUAUAUAAAGUAUGCUAUCUGUUUAUAUCAGUAAUGCUGGAUUUAGCUUCAUUGAUGAUCUUGUCUGGAAAACCACCAUUUAUAAAAAAAAUAAAAAAAACACAUACAUACACACAUUUCCUCACUUUUGGUUAAAAAGUCUUGGUGUGUAUGUGUGUGUGUUUUUUCUUCCAGUUUUGUUUUUAAUUGAAUUAAAUGUAUUCCUCUUAAAAACACAAAGGAAGGGACUAAAACCUUUGUCCCAAUGGCAGUAUUAGCAGGUAAAGAACAGGAUAAUUUUGGUUCCCCAAAGGCAUGCAUGUCAUUGAAGAGUAUUACUUCCCGGCUGUAGUUGGCAAUACCAUUAAAAUUGAUGUCACCUGCUGCUUCUCUUUUAGUGCCUAAAGGGCAAGUGGAAUGCUGACCUCCCUUCCCAGAUCUCCAACACAUUUAAUCCAGGCAAUUUGCAUCGCCCAAGGAAUUCCUCUACCUGCUGACAGAACUAAUCUAUCUCACAGAUUUUACCAGCUGGAAAGAGGUGUCUGGUGUCACUGCGUUUCCUUUCUUUUACUCCGUACUCAAUUUCAAGAGAGUUUAUACUGGCUAGCUCACAAAUCACUGAGUAGACUGAAGGGCAGAAGAUUCCCCUCAUAAUAACUUCACAGUAUUUUGAAGAGUUCCUGUGUUUGUGCACAAACUGUAUUAAAUCUGUAAAAAUAUAAGAUUUACUGUAUCGGCUGACCUUACUGCAUUAAGAGAGGAAGUGGGUUUUAAUUAAAUAAAAUGUUCUAAC